GCGAACUGUUAACCAAACAAAGUGAAAUAGAACAACGCUAUUUCGUGAUAAACUUUGUAAACUUGUUUUAUGUAAUUUAACUAUUGUAAUGUGAUUCGAAUAUAUCACAGUUUUAAUUACAAUUACAUUUUUAAUUAUUUGUCACUUGGUGCUUUGUUAAAAUAUAGUGUUGAUAACAGUGAAAAGCUGAAAAGCAAGUAUAACAUGAUUACAUUUUUUAUGCCCAGUGAGAUAACCCAGCGGUAAUUAGCAUCAAGGAAUUGCAAUCUAAUAUGCACAUUAGGAUGUUACAAUGUUAUAAAUAAGAAAAGUAUAUGAAUAAAAUAAACUAAUAUAUACAAAAUCAUGGAGGAUAAUUUUCAAAAGAAAGUUGAUAUUGAUUGUUCUUCAAGUGUUCAGUUUGAAGUCAUUCCACCAGAUGUUGCAAACAUACCUCUGCCUGAGGAUGUGUCCCAAAUUCCUCUGCCAACUCCGAAUUUUGCACAAGAAUCACCUAUAACUUACAAUGCAAUCCCUAUAAUAAGCGAAGGAGACUCUACGACAAAAGUGAAAGAUGAAUUUUAUGACGUACAUAAUUCUACUAUAAAAGAUAUGAAGUUUGAAAAUGAAGUUGAUAAUUCACAAGAACUAUAUAAGGAUAAAACUGCUUGUGAUAAUCUCACUACUAGCAUGCAUGCAGAGUCAGUGGGAAAGUUUUUACAACCUGACAUAAAUGAACAAGUCUUACGUUAUCAAAAUGAAGCAUUUGCGAGAAGUGGCAAUGCAGAAACUCAUUUUAGUAACCAAUUCUUAUCAGUUAAAGAUGAAUCAAUACCAGUUCAAGAAGUGAACUUAGUUUCUGAAAGUGUUUCUACUUCGGUGGAACCCAAAAGUGAAGUUUUGAUUUCACAAGGUGAAUCUAAUGAGGAAUGUCUCACUUCUCAAGUGGAUGAUAAUGUAGCAACAGAAAGCAUUAAAACAGAAAAUGAAAGUUUUGUAUCUGAUACAAAAAUGAUUCAGUCUGAAACUGCAGCUUUUCAAGAACAAGGCAGCGAGACAAAAAAUGCAGAUGAUUUCUCCCAAGUGUCUGUGACUCUUGAUGCAGCGAUUGACAAACAAUUUAUCCAAAAUACAGAGAGCAUUACACCCGAAACAGAAACUUUGAAGCCAGAAAAUACUAGCACAGAAAGAAUUUUAUCUGAAGAUGAGUCAAUGGUAACUGACUCCUAUGCAGAAAAUACAAGUUCAGAAGAAAUUCUAAUUACUGAAAGCUCUUGCCAAUCUAAAAGUUUAGGAAAUGAAUCAAUGAUAACAGAUUCUAAUGUAGAAACUAGUAAUGAAAGCAUCAUACCAGAAGUGGCACCUUUAAAUGUUACAUCUCAAGCUGUAACUUUUCAUUCUAAUCAUGAAACUACCAGCAAUGAAGCCAUAACAACUUCUGCAGUAACAUGUAAUGAUGGAAAUAUUAAUUCCAGAUCUGAAAUCAAUUAUUAUGAUAAUGUAAUAUGCACUGAUGAAAAUGACCUGAUGAAAGCUGAAACAUUCUCAAAUGAGAUUGAUACAUCUCAAGUAGAUGGUUCUCAAGUUGAUACAAAUUCUGAAAAUAUUACUUCUGAAGUUCUAAACGAUAGUUUUGCUUCCAAAGAUUCUGAUCCCGAAAUGUUUAAUUCAGAUACCAGUAGUGUUCAACUUAUGUUUCCAGUUACUGAAACUAAUCCAAAUUUGAUAAUGGAAAAACAUGAAGAUACCUCAGCCCAGGAAUAUUCUGAUUGUGCUGAAACAAAAAAUAGAGAGGAAGUUGAAGUACAGAACACGCUUGCAGAGUAUGUAAGCGCAGUAAAUAUUAAUAAAGAAAGCCCCUUAAUCGAAGUAACAUCUCAUAAUGUAAAUAUUGUUAGUUCUGAACAAUUUGAUCAAAGUAAAAUUCAAGAGAAAAGUGAAUCGAAUCCCCAAACAAAUGAAGACUUUAUGCAGUUUGUUCCUCCUCCUAAUGAUAACACAGUGUCUAAUGAUCAGGAAAUAAAACCACAAGUUUCACAAGCAGACAUUGAGUCAACAAAUACAUCUGGAUUUAACGAAAGUAGUUCUGAGAGGUUACAAAUAAGUGAUGAUAAUAUUGAAUUUGUUGUUGAUAGCAAAGAAACCCCGAUUUCCAAAACAAACUUAGUUGAUUACAUUCAAACACACGAUCCAACUAUUGAGGAAGAUGUAGCUACUGUUCAAUAUAUUGUAACUAAUGAUAACGAACAAAUAAUAGAGCAUGCUAAAGUUGAAUAUGAAAAUGAUAAUGGUGCAGAGAAUGUUCUUCCAGAAGGAGUACAGUAUGUUGUUUCUGAAGCUGCAAAUGGAGAUCCAAAUGAGCAGAGUUAUGUUCAGUACGUAGUUGCCGAUAAUACAGAUGAUAAAAUGACUCAUUUUCAUGCAGUUGCUGAAGGUGAAAGUGGGAAUCAUCCUGAAUAUAUACAAUAUGUUGUUUCUGAAGGUUCAAAUCAAGAAAACAUGGUACAAUAUGUUGUAACUAGUGCUGGAAAUGACAAAGACAUUCCACAUCAUGUGAAUUCUGAAAAUUUUGUUAGUUACAUUGUUUCAGAUACUGCUAAUGAAAAAGAUGUAUCAAGAGAUGAAACCUCGGACCAGGCUGCUAUCACUUAUGAAGUGAUUGAUGAAAGUUCACAAGAGCCAACUGCAGUUGUCAUAGAAGAAAUGGAAGUUGAAAAUAAUACUAAUGAUCAAAAUGAAGAUAUUGAAAUUUAUGUUAUUGAAGAUGACAAUAUGCAGGUUAUAGAAGUGCAUGUAGAAAAUCCUAAUAUGAAAAACUCUGAUAACACAUCAGAAGAUAAAUGCAAAACAGAAUCUAAUAACCGAAAACGAGCGCCCACUGGCAAUUAUAUUGAAGUAGUUGAUGCCAAGGGUGAUACAACUGCAAAGUUGCCUUGUCAUGUUCUUGGUAGAAACUUAAAAAAUCCAGAAGCUGAUGUUUUAAGUAAUGGCAGAAACCCUCCGAAGGUUAGACCUGGUGUAAAAGUGCCACCUUUAAGUUUGACAAGUUGUAUUGUAUCAUCAGAAGAAAUAAGUGAAGAAAUUGAUAAGAAAUUAAAAGCCGAAGUACCAGUUUAUGAUAAACCCAAAGUUGGUGAUAUUUUAUUCAAGCAUAAAAUAACUAAGAGAUUAGCUGAAAAACUUUGUACAAAUCCAGGAAAUGUACAGAAUUCUCCAAAUAAUCCUAAACCCAAUCAAAAUUUAACAAAAGCUUCACCAAAUACUCGAUUGGCUAAAAAGAAUUUGUUGUCAAAAACAAAACCCAAAUUAGACAAUGCCGAUCUUUUAGCUAUUUUAGAAGGCGAUGAGGAUCCAGAUUGGUCAGAAUUGAAACCUGUGGAAACAGAUCAAGCUCCUCCUAUUUUGCAAGCAAUUGAGAAAAGUAUCAUAUCUGGACAUAGUGGUAGAAGCCCGCCCCCGGUUUUAGAAGCCCAGGCAAGAAGUAAUACUUCGAGAGCAUUUUUAAAACUAGAUUCUGAAGAAAAACGACGCUUGGCGCAACAUCAACUAUUGAAUUUGCCAAAUGUUCCUAACAUAUGCUCAAGCAGGCCACGUGGUAGGCCUAAAUUAACAGAUUACAAUCCACUUAAACAUACGCUUCUGAAGAAUGCUGGUAUGGCAGUGUAUACAACUCCUCGAUCAAAAGAUCCUCCAAAAACAUAUAGUAACAGAAAAGCUAAUGAUAUUAUUAAAACACUAGUUUCUGAUUGGGAUGAGGAAUCCAAAGAUAGUCAAAAAGAAUCAACAACAACAACAAAAGAUCAAUCAUCAACAACAAAUUUGACAAAUCCCACGGAAAGCACUAAAAAGCAAGUGGAACCAAAUGAAACAACCAAAACAAAGUCGCAACCUACUGAGGAGAAAACAGUGAACAAAGUAGGUACAACUGCGGCCACUAGUUCUAAUGUGAAAUCUACAUCAACAGCUGUCACAAAACCUAUCCCAAAUACUACUGCUAAAUCACCAUCUGUAAAAUCUACAACUGCUGUUUCAAAAUCUACUCCAACACCAAUAAAAGCUGCACCAACAGUUGCAACGAAAACGUCAGCACCUACAUCAAAAUCUUCAUCAUCUGCCAAUUCCUCAAGUACAACUGUUGCAAGAGCUUCUGAAACAACUGCAACAAAAUCUAACCCGCCUGUUACAGUAAAACGUAAAAAUUCACCAUCAACAAAUAGUCCACAACUGGGAAUAGUACCCAAUAAAAUAGCUAGAGUCAUAAAGAAAAAAAUUAUUUGGGAUCCAGAUAAUCCAAUGACAUCUUCAAGUUUAUCACCAUCCUUAAAAACUGUUAAGCGAGACCCUCAAAAAAGUUCUUCUGAGAAUUCUCCAAACAAUGUGAAAAAAGCAGCAGACAUUGCUGUUAAGAAAACAGUUGUGAACUCAACUGGAACUAAGAAACAAGUUGAGAAACAAUCAACAGAAGUGGAAGUUAAGAAAGAAGAUGCGCAAGAAGUUGAGAUGCAGGAAGCUCAGACUCCAGCUAAUGCAGUUGGCAGAAGAUCUAGAUUGAUUCGAAAAGUUCCUCAUAAACCUAUUAACCCCAAUAGAAGCCUUGUUUCUAAAUCUACUAGUCCCAGUCCAACUAUACCGAAGAAGAAAAAACUUACUGAAAUAGACAGACUGCUAAGUGAUGAGGGAGCUGUUAAUAUGAUAUAUUCUGUAGAGCGCAGAAAUAAUAACGCUGAAGUUCCCGAAAUUGUUACCAAACCAAAUAAGCGCUUAUUGAUAUCUCUUGAAAAAGAACGCAGGAAUUUACUUUCUAAAGCUAAUAUCAUCAAACAAGCUGUUCUCAGACAUAGUUCGACUGCUGUAGCAUCGAAUCGAAACAAGAAACCCUUGCGAUUUAAAAAAUCUGCAGUUGGUAAGAGGAAAGUGGUUUCAUUAAAGAAAAGGAGUGAUCAGACAAGAAACUCAACGCAAUCCUCUUUGGUAGAGGAAAAUGCUGAAUUUUCAUUUACAUCAGUAAAUGAGUCUAGAAUUAUAAGAAGGCAUUCUUCAAGCUCUUUUUCCAGUACAUGCACGAGUCCCAGGAGACUUAGUGUUGAUGGUAAAACUGGACCAAACGCAGAAGAAAAACUAAUUGAAGUUACUGCAGAGUCAGAAUUAUCAAAACCUUUGAAAAAGCGCCAAAAAGGUGGUGUUCCAAUUUACUCGAGACCCGCAGAAAGCGAAAAAUCCUACAAAGGUAAAACUAAAAGUACAAAUCCUGAACAAGUCGCAAAUAUCACAGAAGAAACAAAAACUACCACUAGUCCUAAAGAGGAAGAAAAAGUCGGUAAAACCAUGAGUACCAGGUCUAACAAAAAGGUUAUCAGUGAUUCGAAUCUUGAUGAAAAUAAAUCGCAGGAAGACCCGCCUGAUCGCGUUUCGGAAGUUGCAGACGCCACUGAGAAACCUGCAAUCACGGAGGAUGACACCAGUUUAAAAGAUGAAGCUGUUAAAAAUGCCGCUAUAUCUAAAAAGCUUAGAAAAACUUCUGCAAUUGAGAGUGAGAAAACUCAAGUUUCCAAAGAACAGAAGACUUACGAAGAAAUUAGCAUUCGUAAACAUGAAACGCUAGUUCAAAUUAUUUUAACACCAACUUCGACCAAAUUCAAAAAUUCAUUGAGUAAUCAGGUUGUUCAAGAAUUGUGUGAA